UCACUUUCUUUUACAAGAUUAACCAGAGUAAAGUGUACGGCUAUUCUUGAAAAUGAAGGCUAUGAUUUUUGCUGUAGUUGCCCUCUUUGUGGCGAGUGCAUAUGGAGGAGUUCUCUCUCCUGCUCCAUUGGCUUUGCCGCCUCCACCUCCAGUUGCAUAUGCAGCUCAGCCAGCAUUCGGUUUACCACCCCCACCUCCAGUAGCGUAUGCAGCACACCCUGCACCACUUGCUUUACCGCCUCCGCCACCACUAGGGUAUGCAGCUCAUCCAGCUCUAGCUCUUCCACCCCCGCCGCCACUAGCGUAUUCGGCUCAUCCAGCUCCUCUAGCUCUUCCACCCCCACCACCACUAGCAUAUGCGGCUCAUGCAGCUCCUCUGGCUCUUCCACCCCCGCCACCACUAGCUUACGCAGCUGCCCCGGCUUUUGCACUCCCCCCACCACCUUUGCCAGCAGCUAGGUCAUCAUCGUACUUCUACUCUGCACCAACCACUUACGCAGCUCACGCAAAAGUUUUUUAAAUUUGUUAAAGCCGUUAGUUAAUUAAUUGUUUAUUUUGACUGCAUGUAUAAUUAAGUAAAAUGUAACAUAAAAAAUAAAGGAAAAUCAAAAAUA